UCUUGCUCUCUAGCGCCAUCCUCCCUCUGCAGGACGCUGAAGGAACUGGAAGGGUUUGUUCACUGGCUGACUGCUGCAGUUAGACAAAUUACUCCGUGUGCCACAGAGACUGAAAUCAUCUCAAAAUGGACCAUCAGGACCACAUGAAUUCUGGACAGAUGGGUGACUCUCAGCACUCUCUUGGGAACAACAUUGCAUCUGGUGUAGGCAACAUGACCAUCGAUGACAGCCAUCAACAAGACAUUAAGAAUGGGAGAGCAGCACAUAUGGGAAUGGAUGAUGGGCCAGUGAAAGCUGUUCCCAUUAUUCUGCCUUCCAUGUCAUCAGAAGAGUUAACACCCGGCAGCCCGCCCAAGAAUGGCCGGAGCAGUGUGGCAUCAGUGGAUGGGGAGGGAGAGCAAGAGAAUGGGAAAAAGGAGAGCUCUGUCAGCUCAAGAGAGUCUCCAGUGUCUCCACAUCCACUACCGACCACUCUGGCUGAUGAUUUGAGUUCAGGGAUCACAGGUUUUGAAAGCCAGGUGAAGAAGAGUCCCUCAGAAAAGAUGAGCGACCAUCAUAGUGCAAGUGGAUCUGAGGAGGAGGAGAAAGAAGAAAAUGAAAUUGAGAAGUCUGACAGAAUUUUUUCUCCUGGUGUGGAAGAUGCUUCCAAAUGUGCUAUCAACAUAAAAGAGGAUGAGGAAGAGGACAAAGUAGUUAGUGAAGAAGAAGAGGAAGAAACUGGAGUUUCUAACACCCCAGACUUGUCAACCCAGAAAGACGACAUCAUUCAUGACGAACAUGAAACCCCUACUCAUCUUCGCAUGACCCCAGAGGAAGCUAAAAAACGUGGCCUUUCGUUUGACUACACAGAACCUCAGGAUCCUCAUCAGGGUGGUCCGGUGGGCUGGGAAUGCAGCUCUGACAAAACACCACCAGAAAUCAAGAGCCCCAACUCCUGCAGGGCAGAUCCGGGAUCACCUCUUUCUCUCAGUGCUGCUGCCGACCGUACCCAAGAGGAAUCAUCUCUAACAGACUUCCAAACAGAUGCUCAGGAGGAAGAAGAGGAAGUAGAGGUACCAGAACCUGACCAAGAAGAGGAGGUGACCACUGUUCUUCUGUCUUCCCAAGAAGUUGCUGCACCCAAGAUGGAGCCUAAGGCAGAGGAACAUAGAGAACCUGAAGAAGCAAAAGAGAUCAAGCGGGAUACAUUUUUGGAGACGAGCGAUGGUGACCACAUUGAUACAGAGAAGGUCCAGCCAGUUGACACACCCGAACCUGUUGCCACCAAAGCUAAGGAUGCCGUUAAGCCCAGCGCCCAAGUAAUGCCCACAAAAGCACCAAGCAAAGAAACUCCUGUCAAAGAAUCUCCAGCCAAAAAAACUAAGAAACCCGUUGCUUCAGUUGCUGCUACUCCUUCCCCUAUAUCUGCUCCCAAACUUCAGAAAUCUCCCUCUAAAGAUGCUGCUCCGGCCAGAAAAUCAAGUGUCCCAUCCAAAGCCAAGGCUGGAGCAGGGGCAACUCCAGACAAAAAGCCUGGAGAUGCCAAGACGAAGACAGGGGGUGCCAAACCCCAAGGAGCUGGCACUAAGGUCCCUGCUGCUUCACGGAUGGAGCAGCGAAAGGCAGGACCAGGGUCCAUUGAAAGAGCUGACUCACCUAAAACCCCAGACCGAAGUGGUUGCAGCAGCCCAGCCAGUCGGUCAUCUACCCCUGGACAACAGGUGAAGAAAGUAGCAGUGGUGCGCACCCCUCCUAAAUCACCUAGUUCAUUGAGAUCUCGUGCCCCGAUUGCUCCUGUUGCACCAAUGCCUGACCUGAAGAACGUCAAGUCCAAGAUCGGCUCCACUGAGAACCUCAAACACCAGCCUGGAGGCGGGAAGGUUCAGAUAGUGCACAAAAAGAUCGACCUAAGCAACGUCCAAUCAAAGUGUGGCUCCAAGGCUAACAUUCAUCACAAACCGGGAGGUGGAAAUGUAGAGAUCAAAUCUGAGAAGUUGGACUUCAAAGCCCAGUCAAAGGUUGGAUCUCUGGAGAACAUUGGACAUGUUCCUAAGGGAGGACAGAAGAAGAUUGAGAGCCACAAGCUAAAUUUCCGAGAGCAAGCCAAAGCGCGCACCGACCACGGCGCUGAGAUCGUGUGCCGGUCCCCCGACAUUUCCACGGAUGGAUCGCCCCGCCGUCUCAGCAACGUGUCUUCCUCCGGCAGCAUCAACAUGACCGACUCCCCACAACUGUCCACGCUAGCUGACCAGGUGUCAGCCUCCCUCGCUAAACAAGGCCUGUGAGCCCCCGGCCCAAACGUGUCGGCAAUUGACAAAAUGAAAAAAAAGUUACAAAUGUAUCUCCUUCAGUCCUUUCAAAUAAGGUGCUUGUCGGAUUUCUCCUAACUAAAGGUUGUCCCAUGCAGCGGCUUGUCUGCUUGUGAAAUAAUUUUACGCCUCCUGGCACAGAGAGACAGGUAUUGAUGUUAUUGGCUUAGUAUCAUGAAAAACAACAAAGAAAAAAAAAUAAUUUAAAGGGAGCUGGUGGUGUAUUGAUCCCCAAAUGGUCAUUUACAGCACUGAGUAGCCUGGUUUUGUUCGUUUUAAAACCCCGUUUUUUUUAAAGAACAACAAUGACAUUUGCUUUCAAAGCUGUAUUUGCUUCGUUGCCUUAUUGUGAAUGUUUUUAUUUACCAUAACUUAUGCACUCCUGUUUUGACGUGCAGCAGUAGGGAAGGCAAACAUGCUACAUGGUUUGGAAGGGUGGAGUUUAUGAUACUGGCUAUGAAUUCAAUUGGACAGAAACAUUUCAAACACUCUCUAUAGUGGAAUAGUGGAGGCAUAUUAAAAUGAAAUAGUGGCCUGCUAUAUAAUUAUUUAAAUCAAAGACAUCAGCGGGCUCCAUAGUGCAUGUUUGAUUCUUAAUGAAAGCUGUUAAACUAUCUAAACACCUCAGUUGUGUCUUUGAUCCAAAAUGAAACAGUUAAGACUUAAUGAUAAAUCAUUAUUCAGAUGAGUCUGGGACGAUGUAAUUCUAAUAUCAUAAAUUAGAUAUUUCUGUACCAGAAUUUUGUCUGUGAAUUCUUUAAAACUGCACAUCCUCAUUCAUCUCCACAGCAGAUUCUCAAGGCUUAUCUGUCCUCAGUUGCACUGGAAGAAUGAAAUCUUCUUGCUUGGCCUCUAGUGACUCUUUUGACAAAGAAAGCAAAUGUCAAUAUACAAAAAUCAUACAAAACUUUUAAAUAAAGCUAUGUUACGGGGCUCAACAUUAAGGAUUUUUGUUCAGUCGUUCAGUUAUUCACAUUUUAAGCAACAUAUUUUGUGUCCAAAAAUACACAUUUUACUUUUGAGAUUAUCUUUAAAAAAUGAUUUAAUGCAAGUAAAUUAGAAAUGUAGUGCCAUGGAAGCUAUGACAUUUGACGUGUAGCUUUCGUUUGAAAAUAUUUGUAAAACUGUGAUUUUUAUUUUUAGCUAAAUUUAGUCUAAAAAUUAGAGACCAUUUCAGUGCAUCCAAUACAUCACUCGAAGUUUCAGUCUAUAAAACAAGAAUGAUUGUAUUGAUAAAAAAAAUUAUGAGACCACAUAAAAGAUGUAGUGUCGGCCUUAAACCGGCCCCAGAUCACAUUGUCAUCCUUAUUGUUGAGCUCUGAAGUAGUUUGCCCUGCACAAGCCUCAUCAAACUGAUAUCACUCGGUACAUUCUCUCAUCGUUUCCUUUAACUCAUCUCUGUACGGUCACAAUGCUUCUGUAUUGAUGGAUUUCGGCUUCUGUAUAUAAAAUGCUGUUUCAAAGAAUGUUUGUAUGGACCAAUGCAAAAGACUUGAGAGGAUUUCAAAGCACUCAUAAAAUAACUAACAUCAUAUCAGAAAUCUCAUAUUGGGAACAGACAGCUGAAAAGUGGCACCCGGUGUCCUUCAGCUGCAUUUGAGAAAACAACUGUCUGCGUUUUAAAGAUUGUCUGUGGUCUAAGAUGGAUUAAGUCAUGUCAUCCAGUGUUGAUUUAUUUGUUGCAGGACGUUUAACACAUCGGCCAAGCUCCCCUCAGUACUAAAGCCUUCAAUCCAAAGCACAACACUCUCACGCUGCACAUUCCCAGCAUGCAAUGGACUUCACCCAUUGUCUUCUUGAAUAUAGUAACCAGUCACCACAUCCCCGUCCAACUGUUUAGAAAACCACCUUUACUAGAGCGUUUUAGUCACCUUAAAACAUGCAAAGAAAGAGGGAAAAAGUGGAAGAUUAAAGGAAUUAAGCUACCUGCUAAAAUACAGGUUUAUGUUGCACACUUCUUUUUCUAAUAGUAUUGUGUAGACGAUGUAAAAGAUGUACGAAUGUGUUCAGAGGAUCUGACACUAAGCCUUUUAUUUAAUAUCCGCAUUGCAUUUGCAGCUUUAUGCUCAUUUGAAAGUGAAUGCACUGAGCUGCCUUUACACAAACUACAUUACUCAUUUAGAUGUACAUUUAGAAAGGGGUAUAAUAAGUAAAAUAGGGGGAAAUAUGCAUCCAGCAUCCACAAUACGAGUAAAGGACUUGACUAGUGCCACAUGCAUCUCUCUCACGUGACUCUGAGAAGCUUUAGACGGAUUGCUGUAAACCCAACACUGUAGCCGUCCUUUGAACAGCAUGCUCCGAACAUAAACCUGAGCAUUUAGACGUGUGGGUUAAGCUGAAGAGCAGAAUUAUCAGAUAAAAUGUUUAAAAACGGCACUGGAUAAGGCCAUUAGCUGCGUUUCAGACUGUUCUGUCAUGUGUUGACCGCUCGAGAGGUCUCUCUCUAUCUCUCCUCAGUUUAAUUUCCCGCCUCUGCUCCUCUCUUCUCAUUGCAGUUCUUCAUUCUAGCUUGACCGUUGUGAUUGUCUUUAUCGUAAUGUGUUUUAUUAAUUGGUUUACAUUGAUACUCCUUGCUGUAAACGUGAAUUUGGAAAUAAAGUCCGUAUUAAACUGCU